AUGGACAGCGGCGCCGUCCCCACGAACGCCAGCAACUGCACUGAUUCCCUCACACACCCUUCAAGUUGCUCCCCAGCACCUAGUCCCAGCUCCUGGGUCAACUUCUCCCACUUAGAAGGCAACCUGUCCGACCCAUGCGGUCCGAACCGCACCGAGCUGGGCGGGAGCGACGUCCUGUGCCCUUCGGCCGGCAGCCCUUCCAUGAUCACGGCCAUCAUCAUCAUGGCCCUCUACUCCAUUGUGUGCGUGGUGGGGCUCUUCGGAAACUUCCUGGUCAUGUAUGUGAUUGUCAGGUACACCAAAAUGAAGACUGCCACCAACAUCUAUAUUUUCAACCUUGCUCUGGCAGAUGCCCUGGCAACCAGUACCCUGCCUUUCCAGAGUGUCAAUUACCUGAUGGGAACAUGGCCGUUUGGAACCAUCCUGUGCAAGAUUGUCAUCUCCAUAGACUACUACAACAUGUUCACCAGCAUAUUCACCCUCUGCACCAUGAGCGUGGAUCGCUACAUCGCAGUCUGCCAUCCUGUCAAGGCCCUGGAUUUCCGCACCCCCCGUAAUGCCAAGAUCAUCAACAUCUGCAACUGGAUCCUCUCUUCAGCCAUUGGUCUGCCUGUCAUGUUCAUGGCUACAACAAAGUACCGGCAAGGUUCCAUAGAUUGUACACUAACAUUCUCUCACCCAGCGUGGUACUGGGAAAACCUGCUGAAAAUCUGUGUUUUCAUCUUUGCCUUCAUCAUGCCUAUCCUCAUCAUUACAGUGUGUUAUGGGCUGAUGAUCUUACGCCUCAAGAGUGUCCGCAUGCUCUCUGGCUCCAAAGAAAAGGACAGGAACCUGCGAAGAAUCACCAGGAUGGUGCUGGUGGUUGUGGCCGUGUUCAUUGUCUGCUGGACACCCAUUCACAUCUACGUCAUCAUUAAAGCCUUGAUCACAAUCCCGGAAACUACUUUCCAGACCGUUUCCUGGCACUUCUGCAUUGCUCUAGGUUAUACCAACAGCUGCCUGAACCCCGUGCUUUAUGCAUUUCUGGAUGAAAAUUUCAAACGAUGCUUCAGAGAGUUCUGUAUCCCAACUUCCUCUACUAUUGAGCAGCAAAACUCCACUCGAAUUCGUCAGAACACCAGAGACCACCCCUCCACAGCCAACACGGUGGAUAGGACUAACCAUCAGCUAGAAAAUCUGGAAGCAGAAACCGCUCCGUUACCCUAA